AUGCAAAACAGAAACAUCAUUUUGUUGGUUUUCAUCGUAAUAGUCCUGUGCUUCAAAGUAAAUCAGUGCACGCACCUGACAGGGGCGUUUAAGAGCAACGAGUUUUUCAAAUUUUUGGUUAAAUUCAGCUUUCAAAAAACGGACAGACACCAAGCAGAUGCGACGCAUGGAUACAUUUUCGGGAACAUUACGUCCGACCAAAACUUCCCGGUCCCUGUCACGUUUGCAGUAUUACAGAGGUCGUAUUUCUUAGAGUAUUACCAGAACAGGGUUUUGUACAACAAGGAGGAGGCGUGCAAACGCAUGUUUAGCAAGAUAACGACACAUGCCUACGAGCUACAGUGCAACUCCAAGGGACAGGACUACUUGCGGAGGAUCCCUUGCCCGAAGGGAAAACUCUGCAUUGACGAGGUUAAAGAUUGGCUUGUGGUGAAAGGCCACCAGUUUACUUACGUGAUCGAGGAUUUUAACCAACCUUCGUCUUGGUAUGUUUCCAUGGUGGCCUGUUAUCUCAACAUGACCACGUGUGAGUGGCACCAUUACGAGCCAUCAAAGCAAUACACCAUACAUUACGACCUGUGGCUAGUGAAUGGAAACCCAAACGUCUCAUCUUACAAUACUUUAACUUACCAGUUUUCGUUCGACCGCCAGAAUACGCUAGAACUCUACCUUCUUUUCUGGUUGUGUUACAUGGUUUUAGUUCCUUUGCAAUGUCACGCUGUUAAAACGCAAAAACACCCAGUUACCAAACUUUUCACUGCCAGUUUGCUCUUAGAUUUCAUAGCUCUGUGUUUAAUUCUCAUCCACACCUUGAAAUUUGCGCUUGAUGGAGAAGGGUACCCGAAACUGGCCAUGGCUGGGGACAUUUUCGACAUUCUUUCAAGGACUUCGUUUAUGCUUCUUUUGUUGCUACUUGCCAAAGGGUGGGCGGUCACGCGCCUAGAAUUGUCAUGGAAGCCCCUGGUUUUUGCAAUUUGGUUGUGUUAUGGUAUAGUACACAUACUUCUCUAUGUAUGGAAUUUGACUGAAGUAGACAUAAUAGAAGACAUUGACGAAUACCAAACAUGGCCAGGUUGGCUCAUAAUAGUAUUUAGGUCCUUAAUAAUGGUUUGGUUUCUGUACGAAUUGCGCACAACGAUGUUGUAUGAACACAACACGCAAAAGUUGAAUUUUUUGCUACACUUUGGAGCGUCUAGUCUUGUCUGGUUCAUAUAUUUGCCAAUCUUAGCUUUAAUAGCACUCCAUGUGUCAGCUCUGUGGCGAUUUAAGCUCCUAUUGGGGAUCACUUAUUCAGCCGACUGCUUUGCGUAUUGCGUUAUGGCGCAUUUGUUGUGGCCUACGCGCUCUGAGCAGUACUUUUUGCUGAAAGGCCCUUCGUCGGCGGAUAUCGACGAGCUGGACGAGUUUAACGAAGCGCCGCACAUUGUGAACAAUUCCUACUCAUCGCUAAGUACAAUGAGUUCGAUAGAGAUUUGCCGGUUUGACGAAGCACCUAAAAAUAAAGCCGUCAGUGCGUAAAACUUGUGAUUUAAUUUAAAAUGUUAGCACGACUAACUUGGAAAUGAUUGUCAAUUUGUCUGUACAUAGAAUUGUUGAAAAUUUUGACGUGCAGUUACGUAUGUGUGCAAAUAUUGAUUUAUAUUUACAUGUUGUUGAGCGUUUACAAAUGUUUUAAGGAUCUUAUGAUGAAUAUGAUGAUUGCCAAAGACUGUUGCGUUAAAUAUUUACAAAAAUUUAUCAUCUCAUGUAACACCUGUACAUAGUCAAAGUUAAUGUGUUUUUACAUUGUGGAUAUUAUUUUAUUGCUCAAUCUUUCGUUUUGUGAUGUUAAUUAAGGAGUAGGAGUUAUGUGUAUGUUUGUCUGUACACAGUUGUGCAAAUAUUUACAUCCUUUUUUCCCUGUUCACGAUUUUUUGGAAUUGCGCUUAGAGUUGUGUGCAGCACAUAAUUUUCACUCACCGCGGUUGUAACUAGCAAUUUCUAGUGCCAAGUGUUUUUACAGAUUGGAUAUUUACGUUUUAAAUUACCUAUUAGUAUGUAGGUCUUUGUAUUAUAUUUUUUGUACUGCCCUGUGAAACAAGUUAUUUUAGUGUGUGAUACUUGCAAUUUCCUUUUACUUAGAUUGUCAAUUUGAAACAUCGAUCAAUUUAGUGUAAAGUAUUCUUAUAACACAAUAAAUGAUUACAAUAA